CUCAGGCGGCCAGGUGGGUGAGGGGCAGCGAAAGGUCCGGGCUCCUCCCCCUCAGUGCACGUUCUGAUGGGAUACACAUAGUACAUGCACAGGGGACGCACAGACAUGGGCCAGGCCUGGGACAGACAGACGCUAAGACACUGCUAGAGAAAGGAGCCCUCACACUAGGAGAGCGCUACAGAAAGAGACACUGGGAGACUUCCACACAGCCAGAGAUGGGGUCAUUCGAGGCGUACAGUAUUUCUAAGAGACAGACAACAGGAAGAGACAGAUAGACAUUACAUUGUACCCGGAGCGCCAGUCAGUGCCUUUAGACCGUCUGCUCUACCAGAGAGUGGCAUCUAUCGGUACACUACGGUAAGCUAGCGAUCCUGCCCCGUACCGGCUACUGUUGGGACACUCUCCAUUGGGAACGCCACCUCGGAACUAACAGCCUCACCUCCCCGGGCUCCGAGUCACCAGGAGCGCCCGUUUCUGCUUCUCCCCACCGACCGUGGAUCAGCUGAAGCAUGUUCGCUAAAGGAAAAGGUUCAGCGGUGCCGUCAGACGGACAGGCCCGAGAAAAGCUGGCACUUUAUGUCUAUGAAUACUUGCUUCAUGUUGGGGCCCAGAAAUCUGCACAGACAUUCCUGUCUGAGAUACGAUGGGAGAAGAAUAUCACUUUGGGGGAACCUCCAGGCUUCUUACACUCCUGGUGGUGCGUAUUCUGGGACUUGUACUGUGCUGCUCCUGAGAGGCGAGAUACCUGUGAACAUUCAAGUGAAGCAAAAGCUUUUCAUGAUUAUAGUGCAGCAGCGGCUCCAAGUCCAGUGCUUGGGAACAUUCCUCCAAGUGACGGAAUGCCUGGAGGACCAAUUCCACCAGGAUUCUUCCAGGGUCCUCCUGGGUCACAACCAUCACCUCAUUCACAGCCUCCUCCUCACAACCCCAACAUGAUGGGACCUCACAGUCAGCCUUUUAUGUCACCUCGAUAUGCUGGUGGUCCAAGACCGCACAUACGAAUGGGUAAUCAGCCUCCUGGAAGUGUGCCAGGAUCUCAGCCUUUACUACCAAACUCCAUGGAUCCAACACGGCAAGGACACCCUGGAAUGGGAGGUCCUAUGCAAAGAAUGAACCCUCCCAGAUCAAUGGGCCCUAUGGGUCCUGGGCCUCAGUCUGAUCCUUGGUUAUCAUUGCAGAAUUAUGGCAGUGGGAUGAGACCUCCCCCCAAUUCCUUAGGUCCUGGAAUGAACAUGGGUCCAGGAUCAGGCAGGCCGUGGCCGAACCCAAACAGUGCCAAUUCUAUUCCCUACUCCUCUUCCUCACCUGGCACAUAUGUUGGUCCCCCUGGAAGUGGAGGUCCUCCAGGAACGCCCAUAAUGCCCAGCCCUGCAGAGUCAACAAAUUCAAGUGACAACAUCUAUACAAUGAUAAAUCCAGUUCCACCAUCAGGAAAUCGUUCAAACUUUCCAAUGGGACCUGGCUCAGAUGGCCCUAUGGGAGGUAUGGGUGGAAUGGAGCCUCAUCACAUGAAUGGAUCAUUAGGGUCAGGAGACAUGGAUGGACUUCCUAAGAACUCCCCAAACAACAUAAGUGGCAUUAGUAACCCUCCAGGGACACCAAGGGAUGAUGGCGAGUUAGGAGGGAACUUCCUUCAUUCUUUCCAAAAUGACAAUUACUCUCCCAGCAUGACAAUGAGCGUGUGACCUCCUGUAUCUUCUCCUAGAGACAAUACUCAACUCCGCUGCUGCUUGGAAGGUCACAGUGAUAAAGGAAGAUGAUGUGUCUGGAUGUGCAAGGGUUCCUGGGACAGCUCCCCCUGGUUUGGUUUUAUGCAAUAAAAAGGCAAAACUUUUUAUUCCAUCAAACAUGGAGGACAAAACUCUUGAGACAAGAAAAUUGCUCUGAGGAUUUAUAUAUGUACAGAUUUUUUUUCCCAUGUGCAUCAGAAGAAGCGUCAAUUAAUGGAUCUCAUUGCUGUGUCUCCCUUUUUUUAAAUCUAUGUCUGUGACGUGAUAUUCAAGGAAAAUAGUUGAAAUAGGAAAUUUCAUGUGUCUUUAGCCUUAGUUUAAUUUUUCAAACAAACUGAAGAUUUCAGUUGUCCAGGUCCCUCCAAAGAAUCUUUUGUGCAGUUCCGAACACUCCCCCAAGACAAAAUCAGUUCAAAGGUGUAUUUGUUACUGUGCAGAGACUGUUCAGAUCUGUACAUGCUUCUCUCUCUUUACCUCAUGAAAAAAGACUUGAUAUUAUGGUGAAACACCCAAGACUUUGGUUUUCCUCCUCCUUCCCAUGAGUGCGAUUUUACUCAGUAAUUCCAAGGCAAAAAGGAAGAUGCUCUCACCAGAGAAACACUGAUUUUUGUUUGUUUUUUUUGUUUUUUAAUUUUCUUUGAGAAGAAACACUAUCAAGAUUUGAAGGCCUGAGGUUUAGAUGGCAAACAUGUUUUCAGUGGUAGUGAUGCAGACUUUUGUAAGCUCCUGUGAAGAAUGCCCUACAUUAAAAGCUGACAAGUAUAUGGAGGAAAGGACAUGGCAGAACCUCUUGUUUACAGUCCUUCACUGCUUCCCUUCCAUUUUAUGUCACCACUGCCUGGUCUGUGUUUCCUAUUGUACCAUUCUCAGCCUGGAUUAUAGUCUGCCAAGAGCCAACAUCAUAUCUGUAUCUUAUUUGCUUUUCUCAUUCUGGGUCUACAUGAAAGAUUGGUACCUACAUACAUGUUGUUUUGGUUCAAUAUUUGUUUAAUAAAAGGGAUGGUAUUCUGCACCCUGCCCAGGACAUGCUUGUGUGGGAUGUUGGCUCAGAUGCUGAUCACAAAUUGUGAUAUGUUAUAUUUUAUCUUUUGUUAAAAGUAAUAACUUCUGAUUUUGCCUAGUUUUGGGCAUUAUUAUUGUGCAUUUUUUUUUUUUUUUUUGUCAAACAGCUGGAAGGAGGGAAAAACAGCUCCUCUCAGGACUAUCUCAUGGGAGAAACUCAUUAUGUAUUUGAAAAGGGAUAGUUAAAUUAUUGUCUCUUGCUAUAGGACAGCUUGGAAUGAAAUGGUUAAUGUUCUCCCUCCAUGCUGGAAAAAUUUAAUAAACGGAAAUGAACACUC